AUGCCGCGGACAAUCGGGAAUAGCCGCGAUACCCUCGAGAUCGAGCUGGCAGCUCCUCGCGGUUGGUCCUUCGCCGCCGGGAAUACCAUUAUCGGCAAUGUGGUGCGGCACUCCAAAGUCCUCGCUCCGCAGGCCACGGUGACCAUUGUGCUGAAAGGGCGCGUGAAAACAAAAGUCGUCGUUCGGCGCUCUCACCAUAAAGAGAGCUUUCGAGGCCGCUGGCAACUGCUAGACGAGAAACCCUGCACUGUUUAUAAGGGGCCGCUCCACCUCGCAGAAGGUGAGAAUAGCGUUUCAUGGCCGUUCUCCGUCGCAAUUCCUACCGGACCCGAAGCUUCGUUCCUGCAGAGUCAUUCGGAGAAAGAGAGCUUUCUCCCGCUCGACGAUGAGAAUGUGUCCCGCCACUGUUUGCCGGGCUCCUUUCAUGGGUAUGGCUCUGGUCGUGUUCCUAACACUGAGGGGUUCGUGGAGUAUUUCCUCGAGGCCGAGCUACGGUAUAGUCGCAGUGGUACAUGGGAAGCGGCUAGGACUACGUACCCCAUCACCUUGCGACACGCUUCCACCAGCGCCAUUCUGGAUCCGGAUAUUCAGCAAAAUACAAUGCCUCUCAAGGUCCAGAGCCAGCGGCGUCUGUCUAGGAUGGAGGAUGAAGACCUAACACUCAAACAAAAGACCCAGAAGUUCCUGCGCUUAUGCACGGGGCCUCAAUUCCACUACAAAGUUGAGGUGCUUUCGCCGCGAGCUCUCCAACUCGACGACCCAACCCCAAUCCCAUUUAGUCUACGCAUUGUCCCCGAACAGACCAACACAAGCGAAAACGUCCACGAUCGCCCCCAGAUAUUCCACCUCAAUUGGGUGAAGAUGACGAUCAAAUCCACGACGAUGUUCAUGGCGCCGGGAAACUUCAGCAGCAAGCAUGUACAUUAUAACUCGCGCCGUGUAACCAUUCACCUCUGUCUCGAAAAAGCCUUCGACGAUCUCGAGUCUCCCAUCACCCUCAUCUCUGACCCGGAAAGCGAAUUCCUCAAUAUCGGCGACCUGCUCCAGCCAGUGCUUUGUUCGAGCGGGCUUUGGGCCCGUGAGAGGUGCCUUGCGUCGGUGCUGAAUCUUCAUCCCGAUUUUGUGACGUAUAAUAUCAGGCACAGCAAUUGGGUUAAAUGGGAUGUCUCGCUCGAUGUUGCAGGGGAUACGCACAAAUUUAGUGUCAGUAAUGAUCUCAAAAUAUUGCCAGCGGUUUGA